AUGGCUGCACCAGUACACGAAGAACAGCAGUAUCUCGACCUCAUCCGACGCGUCCUCGACACUGGCGCUGUCCGUGCCGAUCGUACCGGGACUGGCACACUCUCGCUUUUCGCCCCGCCCUCUUUCCGCUUCUCGCUUGCAGACAACUCGCUUCCGCUUCUCACGACCAAACGCACCUUCCUGCGUGGCAUUCUCGAAGAGCUGCUCUGGUUUGUCCAUGGCGCGACAGACUCGAAGCUGCUCUCAGAAAAGGGUGUUAAAAUCUGGGACGGCAACGGCAGCAAAGAGUUUUUGGAGAAGCGGGGGUUGGGCCACAGGAGAGAGGGCGAUCUUGGCCCCGUAUACGGCUUCCAGUGGAGGCAUUUUGGCGCCAAAUACGUUGAUUGCGAAAAAGAUUAUACCGGCGAAGGGGUUGACCAACUGCGCGAAUGUAUUCGCAAGAUCAAGGAGGAUCCAACUGACAGAAGAAUUAUUCUUAGUGCGUGGAAUCCAGCGGACAUUCCUCAAAUGGCGCUGCCCCCCUGUCAUAUGCUUUGUCAGUUUUAUGUCCAUCUCCCAGCUCCCGACGCGCCUUCCACCGAAAAGCCCAAGCUUUCGUGUCUGAUGUACCAGCGCUCUGCUGAUCUUGGACUCGGAAUUCCCUUCAAUAUCGCGUCAUACGCUCUCCUGACACACAUGAUGGCCCACGUAACAGGGACUGAAGCCAACGAGCUCAUCAUCCAACUGGGAGACGCGCAUGUGUACCGGGACCACGUCGAUGCACUCGAAAUUCAACUCAAGCGCACUCCCAAGCCAUUUCCUACUUUGCGCUGGGCACGGGACGACAUCACCGACAUUGAACAGUUCGUAUAUUCGGACUUCGUUGUGGAGGGAUAUGAAUGUCAUCCAACCAUCGCGAUGAAGAUGAGCGUGUAA